AUGUUGCUCCCGUCUGUUCUCCCUUGCGAGAACUCCUUUCGUGUCAGUCGUUCUCGGGCGGCUGCUCGAUCGCAGACUCAGCGACAUGCGACUUCGUUAAUACCGUGCCACGCCAACAUCGGACUAGGACUCUCUAUCACCAAUGGCGGCCCGAGAUCUCUUACUCCACGCAGCGAAAGAGUCGCAAAUACUACUGCUGCGCUAAAUCAUCUUCUAUCUCUUGAUAAAACACCAACUUACUCCACGAGUGCGAUCACAAAAUCGCGAUAUGGGAAAUCUGCCCUUGCGACACCGACGCCCUCCCGAACACCAAGUCCUCAAACACCCUCAAAACAAAUCAUACAUACGCGAUGGACGACUCCUGCCGACGAUAGCGAGGUAGAAGUUCCGACUCCCCGCGCCGCGACAGCCGGAAACACUUACACAUAUACAAUUGUCACGCGCAAUAACAAGCGAAAACGAAAUUCCUCGGCUGUUGAAUGCUCCACUCCCCGUCAAGGCCAUCCGUUCGUGACUCCUAUUCAACUUGGUACACCGACGGUCUGUCCACCAGCGCCAAAGAUUGAAUCUUCACUUUUCCAUGGCGAUUCUGAUGAUGAGUUGUUGGACGACCCGUUCGUUACACCAAAAAGGACCCGUAUUCGCGGCCCCGUUUCCAAGCGUAUCUCGACCACCCGGCGAAACUUAGGUCCCUGGAGCGAAGAAGAAGACAAGCAACUUGUCGGAAUGGUCCUGGCAAAGAUGCGACUAUCUGAACGAGAUUGGGUCGAGUGCGCCAACACGAUCGGGCGAGACGGUUUAAGUGUCGACCAAAGAUGGAAGGAUCUCGUUGAAGCCGGUAGUGUCGGCCUGAUCAACGAAAAGCGAAAGGAGGAGAAGAUUAAGCGCGCUAGAAUGCAGGGCAACGGAAGAGGCCGACUCGAGCCGUUGACGCUACGGCGCAGUGGCAGAGUUACCAGGGGUAUCCAACGACGGUAA